CAUUGAAGUAGCUGAGCUGAUUUGGCCCACGCCUCGAGCGUAAGGAAGAGACCAAGGCCCAUCCAUAAUAAUCUAGCGGUCGCACUAGUGACGUGUUUCGACUUUUCACAGGUCCUUAGCGGCUAAGCAAAAAGCAGCGCAACAAAUUACAGAAGAAAAAAAAUCAAGAGAGGUGAAGUGAAGGGAGAGAGGGAUCCUCCUCCAAUUCUGCAAGGAAACCAAGAAACGAAAUGUGGGUGGAGAUCCUCUGCGGCCUCUUGGCCUACAAAAUCAUCCGCCACGUCUUCUUCGCCGACUCCGACGACCCCGCCCACCUCGCCGAUCUCGACUCCGCCCACUCCGACCUCUGCUUCGCCCUCGCCGCCAGGCUCGAGAAGCUCUACUCCGGCCGCUGCUUCGUCGGCCUCCGCAUCCCCGACCCCGACGCCGGCGACCGCCAGCAUGUCGAUAUCGUGCUCAUUACCACCAGGGAGGUGAUGCUAGUGGCUAUCCACAACAUUUCUGGUUUUGUUGAGGUUGAUAAGGAUGGCAACUGGACUUGUCCCACUGACAAGAAACACAAGCAUGAUGUUAUCCCAAACCCGGUACUACAAGUUAACAGACUGUCUUCCAAUCUUCAAUCAUACUUGGAACUGAGGGGAGCAAAACUGCCUGAUGGCCAUAUAACUGGAAGGGUUGUACUGCCAAAUCCCAACUGCAGGCCUUCCUAUGCCAUCACUCUUCAACCAGAGGUUAUCUUGUAUGAUCAAUGGAAAGAUCUCAAGGCAGACUCCAAGGGUGGACUUUCAACAUGGAUUAAAGGUGCAUUCAGUGGAAGCAAAGGUGACAUGCAAGAUUCAUUAAUCCAAAAUCUACAUUUCAUUCUCAGCACGUCGCCUAUGUGGGACAGGUUGGAACUCAAAGGGGACAGAAAUAUCCUUGGUGAAUUCAUUGAAUUCAAAGGCAGGCAUGAUGAUAUUCAGGCCUUGAAAUGCCUGACGCGUUCAAAAGUUAGCCGAUUCAUAGUCCAGAAAUCAACUCUCUUUGGAGGUUUUGGUCGGUCGAGAGUGCAGAUAUUGUAUUCACCGCGAGAUUACCGUGCUGAAGGAACUUCAUCUUCUGAAUGGAAAGAGAUAUCGGUGAAGCAAUACACAGAGAUUCUUUUUCAGCCAUUGCACUCGAAAAAAGUUAAGAAGUUCAAGCUGUCAAGUGUUGCUUCUGUGACUCUGAGUGUCUAGUAAGUUUUUUUUUUUUUCUAUGGGUAGUUGGGUACUUGUCCUCUGCUGCCCUGCACUAAUAUACCUUCCUAGGCUUCUGCCUGUGCUCCCCUGUGAAAGUUUGUCUUGUCUCUGUACACGAACCUGUAUUUACUUUAAGGUGUCACUUGGCAUAAAAUGGGAAAAAAAAAGGAAUGAUCUAAGAUUCUAAGGUAUAGUUGAGAUUUAGUUGCACAUAUAUAUCACUGGAUGGGGAAUUCCUACCGCUGCAUAGUAUUGCUGGUAGGGAUUGUUGGUCUAGUUUCUUUUGUUCUUUCCUCAUCUAUGGGCUAGGAUGUGAUUGGUCAUCUUUUCUCCGGACCGACCUCAUUGAUGCGACCUGGAACUGGAACUUUUUUAUUUUCCUGGUCGUGUUUUUAGUCUAUGAAUUGGUAUGCAUCAAGAAAA